GUUCUCUUUGUCAAAGAUGGCGACGUGCAGUGUCCGCGGCGUUCGGUCCGCUACCUUCGAACACGUACAAACGCUUGCGUUUUCAUGAUCUUCAAGCUAAAAGCGACGUAUAACAUUGUUUUAUUACUCGAGCGUUCAUUGAGGUCCAUUGAAAUAUUCCGCCGCGGCUACAAAUUGGCCCAUUUUACGUUGUAAACAAACCAUCACGUGGUAACGACAAUUCACUGUCUCCGCGGUGCUGUCCGAGUUUUGGUAGCGAAGCACCUGCCAGUUCUUUAAAUGAAUUUUGGUACUUGAAAGCUACUAGUCGAACAUGUCUAAAACCACUAAAAUCAAGCACGUGACCAAGGAGGUGUUGGAAGACUACGUCCUUCCUACCGACAACCAGCUGAUAGUUCGGAUCUUGUCUGGGAAGGGGAACAACCUCCACGAAGUCGAAGACCCUUCGGGGAGUACAUACCUGGUCAGCAUGCCGACCAAGUUCCGGAAGAACAUCUGGGUCAAGAGAGGCGACUUUGUCAUCGUGGAACCCAUCCAAGAGGGCGACAAGGUCAAGGCCGAGAUUGUUCGCAUCCUCUACAGGGAGCAGGUCAAGUACAUCAAGGAGGAGGGCAAAUGGCCAAAGGCUUUUGACGACGGCGAGGCGAAGGGAGACGCUGAACACCGCAGUCCCGAGGACAGCGACAGCGAUGACGAUGACAACGACCUAUUUGUGAACACCAACAGGCCGAGCGUGGUCUACGAAGAGAGUGAAUCGUCGUCCACGGAGGAAGAAGCGAAUUGAGUUUGGUCUUGUCCGGUCGGUGGGUGGCGGGGCCUGGGAACGCCGCGGAGUCUGUAAAUAGACUGGACCAGCAAGCAACGGCCACUUUGUGUACAACUCAACACACAAAAAAAUAAAGUGUAAAUCCGUAGGCAGACGGAAACCUUGGGAUGGGA